CGUGUCGCGAGCGAAAUAGUCGUGCGUUGAAGGGAGUUGAAGGGUGAGCUCGAGAGCAUAGGAGGGUCCCGACUCUCUGAACAGCGGGAGCCUUUCAAGGUGUAGGUUCCUAGUGGUUGGAGGUCUCUUCUGAUGGUACUGAGGGUGACUCAGCACCGGUGGACGAGCGCGAACGAGCAGCGCGGUCCCCGCGAUCAGCAUCACAGUCGCCGUGUCACGUCGUCAUGGCUACACGUGCUGUCACCUCGACGAUGAUCGCGUUUGUUCUCAUCCUACUCGUCGCUGGUUGGCCAACAGGCGGACGGACAGGCUUGGUCAAGUUCUACGAAUCUAUGCCCGAUCAUCUGCAACCGGACAGGCGAAUACCCAUCAACGAUUAUGCGAUGCACGGGCCCAUCAUCGACGACCACGACUUACCCAGGGAUCUCAGGAAGCCGUAUCCAGGCAAGAGCUUUGGACCAAUGGGCCCUAUCGAUGGCUCCCUCCCGGAUGACGUCUCUUUUCGAAGUCUGUCGUCUGGACAGGAGAAAGGGGCGAACUCGAUCGAACUUCUGUCGCCUCACGCUGUCGAAAAGAUCGAAAAACAUAAGCCGGAGUAUAAGAUCAUGUCUGUGGAGUUUCAUCGCGUCGAGACACCGUUUGUCAUUGGAAUAUGGAUCUUCUUUGCCAGCAUCGCGAAAAUAGGCUUCCACAUGACGCCGAAGCUCAGCAAGAUCUUUCCGGAAUCCUGUUUGCUGAUCGUUGUCGGCGUGGUGGUUGGUGUCCUACUGUUCCAGGCGAGCAGUGUCCACGUGUCGCCUCUCACUCCCGACACAUUCUUCCUCUACAUGCUGCCGCCUAUUAUCCUGGAUGCUGGAUACUUCAUGCCGAAUCGACUGUUCUUCGACCAUCUGGGAACUAUACUUCUGUUCGCCGUCGUUGGGACUAUAUUUAACACUUUGUCGAUAGGUGCUUCGUUGUGGGUGUUGGGUAAAAGUGGCCUUUUCGGAUUCGAAACACCACUUUUGCAAAUGUUCCUGUUCUCCGCGUUGAUCAGCGCAGUUGAUCCUGUCGCCGUGUUAGCUGUCUUCGAAGAAAUCCACGUGAAUGAAAUCUUGUAUAUCGUUGUUUUUGGGGAGAGCUUAUUGAACGACGCUGUCACCGUGGUGCUGUACCAUAUGUUCGAGGCUUACAACGAGAUAGGGCCGACGGAAAUACUCUACACGGACGUUCUCUCGGGAUUGGCUUCGUUCUUCGUGGUGGCGAUCGGUGGCACGAUAAUAGGGGUGAUAUGGGGCUUUGGUACCGGUUUUGUUACAAGGUUCACCCACCAGGUUCGCGUGAUCGAGCCCAUCUUCAUAUUCGUCAUGGCUUACCUGGCCUACCUAAACGCCGAGAUCUUUCAUAUGUCCAGCAUACUGGCGAUCACCUUCUGCGGCAUCACCAUGAAGAAUUACGUGGAGGCGAAUAUAUCGCACAAGUCGCACACCACGGUCAAAUACACGAUGAAAAUGCUGUCAAGCAGCUCGGAAACCAUCAUAUUUAUGUUCCUCGGGGUGGCGACCGUGAACAACCAUCACGACUGGAACACGUGGUUCGUCGUCAUGACCAUCGUCUUCUGCUCGAUCUAUCGCAUCGUCGGCGUGAUCUUCUUGACAGCGUUGGCUAAUCAAUUCCGACUGCACAAGCUGAACAAGGUGGAGAAAUUCGUGAUGUCUUACGGUGGUUUGCGAGGUGCCGUAGCAUUUGCUCUGGUCUUACUGAUCGAUCCGAAACACGUGUCUUUACAACCGAUGUUCGUCACUACCACGAUCGCAGUCAUUUAUUUCACAGUAUUCAUACAGGGAAUCACGAUCAAGCCCCUCGUAAAGAUCCUGAAUGUGAAACGAGCCGAAAAGAAGAAGCCGACCAUGAACGAGAGGAUCCACGAAAGGAUAAUAGACCACGUGAUGGCUGGGAUCGAGGACAUUUUGGGCAAGCAUGGCAAUUAUCACGUUCGGGAUAAAUUCAAACGGUUCGAUAAUAAAUUUAUUCGUCCGUAUCUGGUGAGGAAUCACUACGGUGCCGAGCCGAAAAUAUUGGAAACGUAUUCGAAACUCGCUAUGAAAGACGCUCUGGAUUACAUCAGAAGGAACGCGUCCACCAUCGGCAAUAUCAGUGGAACUGAAAGCAUGUCCGCUAUAUUUCGCAACUAUAGCAACACGGGACAAUUCAAUGGAAGUCCAAGUUGCAGCCAGCUCGAAGCGGGCUGGAAUAUUGAUCUCCAAGAAUUGGAGUACAACCCUUCCAAGAAGGACUUGACGGACGCCAGGAUCCACCAUCUAUUGGCCGAAGAACUUUGCAAGCCGUACAAGAGGCAUGGAACAAAACUGUUGCAGCAUCGGCGUUUAAGCUACAGCCGACACGCGGUGAACGAUCGCGACCUGUCAACCCAAGUCAAUUACAAAAUGCACAUGAACAUAAGACGGAUGAUGGGAGAGCACAAGCAUCGUCACAAGCGCAGUAAAAAAUUGCUCAAAGAUGGUAAGCAGAAUCACGUGAGUUUUCCUGAGUUCCAGCAAAACGGAUCAACCAAAUUGUUCACUCAAGAUUACAUCAAUGGUGUCCUGUACGAGCUGGAAAACGGAGAUACUUCAAAGCCUUCGAGCAAGGAGGACUGGGACUCUGCGAUUACCUUCACGGCUCGCACUUCCGAUUCGUUGAACGUGAAUACGGAUGGCCACCACGGCGUCACCACCACUACCUCAAUGGACACCAUAAAUACCGACGAUCCGGAUAUGAAAUUAGGGCGAGACGAAAGUUACAGGGUAACAACACCAACAGCCACAGAAACUAUGUUGCCAUGGAAAAGGGAGGACGAUUACGAUUCCGGCCAUCCGAUCAAACAAAAUGAAUUUCCUGCUUGGUGUUCUAACAAAGAGUAUCUGGCUUAUAGUUCUCCCUCGGCGACAUUUUUAGGUGGAAUCGAGCAGCCAAAGGUCCAGUCAGUAAUUGGUCUAUUCCGUCGCGAGAGCGUGUGCACUCCAGAUGGUAUCGAUUGCCAGGAAACUGUGGACGAGCGUGAUGAAUACACGUUAACGGGGACAGAACAGACCGAAGAUUCACCUACAAAAACGUUUAGUGAAUAUGAGAAAGAUAACAAGAAAGGACCCACAAGACGCGUGUCCAUGAUGGAGCUAGGCUCGAUGGAGAAGUCGCAUUCAGACAAAUGCACGGAUGACGGUUCUCAUUCCCUGCCAGAAUGUUGGAACGCUCAACGAGUCCGGAUGACCUCGUUCCCAUAUUCAGCCCAAGUUCCAAGCCUCUCGACCGCUCUCAUCACCUCCUCCUCGGAAUCGUCGGAGGAGAUCGACGAGGAGGAAGAGAAAGCUUGACCUUUGGGGAUCGUCGAGGGGCAGGCGUCAUCCUACGCGGACGAGGAACGUCGUUUGCGUCGACCAUGGCGACGGCCACCCCGACGUUCAUUGCUUUCGUCGCUUCUGCGACGUCCUAGCGCCCCAGUUUGAAUGAAGGCGAGUGUCUCGUAUCUUCUCCUCCCUCAAGAGGAAAGAAUGAGCAACAUUUCAAGGAUUAAUUCCUUCCCCCUGGACGAUUGUCGAUCUCGCUCCCUACAAGAUGAACAUUUUUAGAAAAAAAAUUCAAGAGGAACGAAGAGCUGUUGUUGACCAGAGAGCUCUUCUUCUCUCUCUCACAGGACCACGAUGACGGAAAGUACCUCUCGUUUUGAUUACCGAUGUUUUCAUUUGCACGCAGAAACGAGUGAUUCGGGAUUGUUAUAUAUAUUAAAUAGUUCCGAUAUUAUUGUCAAAAAAAAGGAUAAUAAUAUUUUAUCGAUUGGUUCGAUCGUUGACGAUACGUAGAAGUGUGCGAAAUUGUUCCAUGAUUCAAAAAUUUGAAUAUCGGGAAAAAUCGGAAAUAUUCGGAUCGGAUAAGAUCUCGAUAUAUUCGUGUUCUUUCGGAAUAGAUCGGACAAAUUCGGUUAGGAUUGAACAGGUACGAAGAUAUUACAAGAGUUUGCCCGAUUCUGUCCGAAUUUUUCCGAAUCUAUGAUCUCGAGAAUUUUUAAUGUCAAUCAUUAGAUAAUGGAUGUUUGUAUCUUUAUGAAAAAUUGAAACCU